ACAAGAACUAAAGAUGGCGGACGCGGCGGAAGUGGAAGUGGAGCUCCAAGAACUGGACCAACUAGCGGCAAACCUGACUAAUGGAUGCCACACAUCAUCUGAAGAAACCCUAAAAAUGGAGAGAUGCGACUUCACUCCCAAGAACAAGAACCUAGACGAGAAAGUCGGGGAUAUGAACGAAUAUGCUAUGUCGUAUUUUGAGUCAUUGAAUAGCAUGACUCGUCGUAUUAUAGCCGAACAUCGCCAAGUCAUUGAAGAAAACAAAGACGAAUGGGCGAAGCUGAGCCCUGAGCAACAAGACAAAUUAAUAGACGAUAAAAUAGUAGACCCUAAAAUUCGUAAGAAGUAUGGAGAGGCAAGGUUUGAUGCUAAGCCCGAGUGGUUUCCAGUGUUGAAGCUAGCUCAUGGUCUAUCAGAUUCUGAAGGGAACAAACUGAACCUUGUUAAUCCACGCGAUAGUAUUACCUCUGUCACCUUACAGGAGCUUCAUUCUAGAGAUCAGUUYUCCUCGCCAUGGUCAUGGGCAUCAAGGAGCCAAGAAGAUUUGCGGAUUCUAGAGGAAGGAGAGCUAGAAGAGAGAGUCAAGAAAGCUGCAGAGCAGGAUGAAGUAAAUUUUAAACCGCUCCCAGAUUAUAGAAUAARAAAGAAAUUCCCUCUAGAUCUCGUCGAAAAUGGGUCCAAGAACUCUAGCCGAACAGUCAGUACACACGGAUCUGAUCCCUUGUYCAGGAAGGAAUUCCAGGACAAAAAUGGGUCCAAGAACUCUAGCCGAACAGUCAGUACACACGGAUCUGAUCCCUUGUCCAGGAAGGAAUUCCAGGACAUCGAAGUAGAGGUUAACUCUAAAGGGACCAGUAAGGAAAGUAGCAGACGAAGUAGUAGACGAAGUAGUAAAGCAAGCUCGGGAUCAUCGSAUGAUAGCGAUGCGCCGUUAAUAAGAGGGAAAAAAUUAGGAAAACAGCCUGAAAAGGAAGAAAGAUCGAACGGGAGAAGAGAGGAAAAGAGCUCGGAGGAGACACCAUUGAUGCAAUCUGAGGUACCAAAAGACAUGAUGGCAUUCUUAGCAAAUUGGUGAUUGAAGACACUAUAUGAAUUCCAGAAGUCUAUCAUAAAUUAUUGGUAAGGAAUGAAUURUUAACGAUUAUUACUAAUAGUUAAUAGUGUCGAUAAUAUGGAGGAAGAUGGCUAACAAGACGUGUUGCUAGGCACCUUUCAAUUGUCCUUAAUAUCACAAAUAUUACUGGUUAAUAGUCUUAUACAACGAUCAUUAAUUGUGCCCUAUGGAUAUAUGGACUACUCUUAUUUAUGCCUGUGGAUGUUCUGGUGGGAUACCUGUGCCAUGCUUUUCACUGGACAUUUGCGUUUGGACAUCCAUUAUUUACGGCUCUUAUUUCUGAGCUUGGCUCUCGGUGUACUACUGAAUGGACACUUGGAAUCUUCUAGAUCUGUUGGUAAUUGCCAUUGGUGCAUCAAAGAGUAUUUGGAAUGGCCAUGUAUUUUUUUGAGAAGAAAACCUUCGUCCAGUUUUCCUACUUGUGUUGCAACCGUUGUCUAACAUUCCAAACCUUGCAAAUGAAGCUGCAAGAAAGUGAUAGUUUUGUGGUAUUAUGUCACGUGAUUUUGUCACAUGACACUGCUCAAGGUCUUGGUCUUGUCACGUGAUAUUGGAGGUCAAAUUGGUGUAACGCGGUGUUUUGCCACUGUACGAAAAAAGGCGCCAUUUUUCCUGCCAAAUUAGUCGAAGCCGUCGAACUAUUCUUGUGACGAUUGAAAUUUAAAAGAUACUGAACUAAUUACGUCUAUUCGUUGGUCGUCUUGCCUUUCCUAUUUGAUUAAUGCCAUCAAACUGUUAUAAGUUAUAAAAUCUGCUAGAUAGUUGAGUUGACUAGGUGUAAAUARACGUAGAGAUGAUGGUCUGUAGUGCUGGUGCAUAGAGUUUAGGAAUGGUUUACUUUCUUGUCUAGUGAUAGAAGAGAAGCAUAACGGAAAAGUUUAGAAUAUUGUCUUUGAUACUGCCGCGCGCUUUGCGUCCCCUUAGCUAUGCUGUAAGGGAGARACCAUUAGAUAAUUGUGGAGGGGUUGCGUAAAUAUCCCCCCAAAAAAUAUCGAGCAAGUAGUUCACCUACGAAAAUAUAUCGUGCAACCUCUCCUUUUAUUAAAGAAAUAUCCAGCAAACACAAAAAAAUUGCGUGCUUGGGUUUUUACAAAAAAUAUCGUACAACAUAAAUUCCUGCAACCUCCCCCUCAAUUAUCUAAUAGUUCAUCCCUAACUGAAUGGGCCAAUACAAGACUGGAUUCAAUAAUUCCCCUGGAAAUGUUAAGACUGAUAUUUGUUACAUUAGACAAGAAAGGAAACCCCACAUGGAAGUCGGUACUGGUAGAAGUCGUGCUAGAAAUCGAGGGAAUUUAAAAAUUGUAUUAAAAAAACUAUGAAAUAUUAUAAGUAUUUACUUAAAAGGAUUUUGUAAAGAAAGAUUACGAUCAGCAAGUGGGUAAUGAUCCUCGUAAUGGGCCAUGUGUUUGCUGCCCUUUGUAGACCGCAACAAAGGUUAAUUAAUAAAUUGACGAAACCAAGGAUUGUGAUCAGUAAUUCGUAAAGGAAUAAAAUUCGUAAAGAUAA